CGCGCGCCGGCGGUAGUGGUGCAGCCCAAGGCGGAAGCGGCUCCCGGACGGAACCGGCUCGCGAGUGCAGCUAUGGCUGCGGGCAUCCCUUGUGCGCUAGUCACCAGCUGCUCCUCCACCUUCACCGGAGACCGGCUGGUCCAACAUAUCCUUGGAACAGAAGAUCUUCUCAUAGAAGCAACUUCCAAUGAUACUGUGAGGUUUUAUCCCUGGACCAUUGAUAAUAAAUACUACUCUGCAGAUAUCAAUCUUUGUGUGGUGCCGAAUAAAUUUCUUGUCACUGCAGAGAUUGCGGAGUCUGUGCAGGCAUUUGUGGUUUACUUCGAUAGCACACAAAAGUCCGGUCUUGACACUGUCUCCUCAUGGCUUCCACUGGCAGAGGCAUGGUUACCUGAGGUGAUGAUCUUGGUCUGCGACAGAGUGUCUGAAGAUGGAGUAAACAGACAAAAAGCUCAAGAAUGGUGCAUCAAACAUGGCUUUGAAUUGGUUGAACUUAGUCCAGAGGAAUUGCCUGAGGAGGAUGAUGACUUUCCUGAAUCUACAGGAGUGAAGCGAAUUGUCCAAGCCUUGAAUGCCAAUGUCUGGUCCAAUGUAGUGAUGAAGAAUGAUAGGAAUCAAGGCUUUAGCCUUCUCAACUCUUUGGCUGCAACAACCCAUAGCAUUGGAUCAGCAGAGACCUGUCACUCAGAGCAGUCCCAUUUGCCAGCAGCAGAUAGGACAGAAUCCCUCCCAGACCAUCAGGAUGGUGCAUCUAACACAGCAGGUGCCCGGGUGGACAGCAUUGUGGAUCCCAUGUUAGAUCUGGAUAUUCAAGAAUUAGCCAGUCUUACUACUGGAGGAGGAGAUUUGGAGAAUUUUGAAAGACUGUUUUCAAAGUUAAAGGAAAUGAAAGACAAGGCUGCGACGCUUCCUCAUGAACAAAGAAAGUUGCAUGCAGAAAAGGUGGCCAAAGCUUUCUGGAUGGCAAUUGGGGGAGACAGAGAUGAAAUUGAAGGCCUAUCUUCUGAUGAAGAACACUAAAUUAUCCCCACUAGGUUUGACUAAAGAUGCUAGCCUUCUACCUGAGAUAUUUUCCUGCUCAACCUAGUAAUAUUUUGCUGUAAUUCCCAUUAUUGUGUUGGCCUCCUGACUUGUUUUUAGUUCCUUUAAUUUUAGUUGCUAGUAGGGAGUUCAGGAGAACUCUUUUCUUCUUCAGUGUUUGGGAAAGAGGAGUACAAUAACAAUAAUGAAUGAGAAUCUCUCAGAUACACAUUUUUGUCCUAGGAAUGGAGGUAGAAUGAAUCUCAGAGGACUGUGAUUUGUCCAAGUUAAAGAAGAAAAGUGCCCAGCCAUGCCUAACCAGGUUUUUCAGUAGCAUUCCCUGCAUUUACACUUCCUUGCUAGAGGUUGGGGGCAUGUGCCAUUUUCCCCACUCAAGGAAUUUGCAGAUCUGAGCUAUGAAGCUUUUGCAGGGGAGAAAAGUGGCAUCUCUCCAGGUUGGAUUAGUGCUAUGGAAUGCAAGAGGUGUUGUCAAAGUCAGUGGCCCACAGGUUUAUCUCUAAUUUAAAAGGUGCUCUGGGCAUUUUGUUUGAGGCAGUGUCCGAGCUCACGCUGCAGAGUAUUGAAAAAACAAUUUGUGGACUAUAAGGAAUGAGACAAAGGUUCCCAACUCCGAUGAGGAUAGGACAGACCCAACACUGAGCUGUUCUGGUGGUGGGGAGGUAAGAGAGAGACCCUCGUGGAAUUCAAAUGGGGCUAUGGAAACUAUGCUUAUUAUGAGAUUGUCGUGUUGGCAGUAUGAGGACACUUCUGUCUUAUGUUCUCCCUGCUACUUAGAUGCCAGGGCUGUGCUGUCAACACUUUAAACCUUCAAAACAAGGCAAGCAUCCCCUUCUUUCUGUUUAAAAGCCAAAAAGACAUCACUGCCAAAGUCGCAAUGCCGGUGGUGGGUGAGGCUGUGAAGCAUCAGGCUUGCAUCCCUGAGCACCGUGUUUCACUCCUAGGCUCCAUGGCCCCUCUGUACACUUCCAGGGCUACAGUCCUGAGGGAAUGCCCUUGUUCUUUAUUCCGACUCAUUCAAACAUGACGUGGAUCACUGCAGGAAAGUCUGAAAGACAAAGGGGAAAGUACAGCAAAUAAAAGUUCUAAGCACUGUAGAACCCCAAACAGCUGGUACAAAGAAUGGAAUGCUGCAGGGACCAGGCUGGAGCGAUCAUGGGGGAGACCUUUCAGUGACUGGAGAGUUCAGGAAGAGGUAUCCAGGGAAUAAUGGAGGAGAUCUUGCUUAGGAGCUUUUUUUUUUAACUGUUCUGAAAGUCUUUGAGUCUGUGGUUCACCACCAUCCCAUCAGUGGGACUGAUAUUUCUGUGGGGUGACUGUGCUUCUUUGAGGUGACUGCAUUAACCGUUAAGGAUGUAAACGAAGUUGGCUCUGUGGUUGCCAAAAAUGUGGAAUACAUUUUUCUUAAAACAUGGAAGAUUUUAGAAAAUAUGUUAAGUGAAAAUAUGUUAAGCCACAUGGUGAGGGGAAAACAGACUAGAAAAAGCUGUGAACUUGAUUUUGUGGAUUAAACAAAGCCAGGUAAUUAAAAUGAUUUAUUUAUAAAAUGC